CCCAUCUCUUUCCCAUGUAUGUUAUUGUAUGGCACUUGUUCUCUCUUCCUUUCUUGCCAUACAAAAAUAUCAAUUUUGAGAAAAAGUGUUACACAACAUUAUCACUUUUAUCUUCUCCAGUCGUUUUUCAAGUAUUUCUACAGAGGGAGGGGGUUAGAUCCUGUCUCUUGGCCAGUCAUGGUUUUCACCGACGAAUACGAAUGUCCUGACACAGCGUUUGUCAAGAAGCAGGACUACAAGCGACCUCUCUUUACCAGCAGCCCAAUCGGCAACCCUCGACGCUUGGCUCCCAAGUUACCAGAGCCUAUCAGCGCUGAAGAUUUGGACGUUGUCCACGCCUUGAGGAGAGAUGCAGACAACUGCCCUUGUAUCGAUGAUUGGGCUGAGGACAGCAUGUUUGAAAGAGACCCCAGCAACAAGCCCACCUUCCCAGCGGAUAACAGCGAUAUUGACGACUUCCUUCGCGAAUAUCGUGAAUCUAAAGAAUCCGUUUCAAAGUCGGUGGAGAAUUUGAACAACACCAGUGGACACAGCAGCUCGACCGCCGGCCCCUCAGCUGCACCGAAUAACUCAAAUGGCUUCGCCACAUCCAACAAGCAUAUAGGGACAAUGCAAGAGGACUUCAGGGCAUUCGCGACUCUCGAGAACACAGUUAUGAACCGGCCAGUUCAGAACGGUGCAAAUAUCAGAGGCCCCAUGGUAUACGGUUAUCCACAGCGUGGCUACUUCACUGUUACGCCAGAUAAAGCAAAAAAGCGAGUUUCCAAGCCAAAGGUCCUUCACAGUCCCAGUGUUUAUCCCAAAUCUCAGAUUGCAGCCACCCCUACCAAGGCCAACCUGCAAGUUCAUCUUGGUGCCCCGGAGUUAUCUCCCCUGGAUGGAAAGCAAGCCCAUCAUCACAAAAUGGGAAAGAGCAACCCAGUUAGCCGAAAAUGGGCCACUGAGGCUAAGGCCACUCCUUCCAUUCCUACUGGGGAACCGUCAUCAAGGCCAUCGAAUGCUGAUAUCGAGGGUGUCUCCUCUACGGACAGCGACACCACUUCAAAAACUUCGUCAAAAUCACGUGAGAACAGUGGUUCAUCUGACUCCACUGUCUCUGAUACACCGAAGGGGCCGCCGCCUGCCCCUGAAGACCCUCCAGCACCUACAUCUGGCGGCUAUGGAACGAGGAGCAAAUCAGCUGUGACAGAUCGCGCGGCGAAUGGGAAGAAUUCGACCAGCGGCGUUGCCGCGAAGCGCAGCGCUUAUCGUGAGAGAUAUAUGUCCCGCUCGAAGAGUUGUCCUUGUGAAAACUCAAACAAUCCCAAGGGGUACCGCACCAGAGGUCGAUACCUUGGUUUCUUGGUUGCUAGUAAUAACACAUCUGGUGUUAAAGCUUCGUUGGAUGGCCUUGAAGUUCGCAACGGUGUCCUCUGCCAGAAUGGCGUACCUUUGGCUAUAAUGGAUGGCGUGAUCGGCUUUUCUGCGGAUAACGCUCCACUGGCACCGUACCAUCUACCGCCGCUGUGUGGCGCUGCAACUAACAGUGGAUCUAUGUACGGGUCUACGACUCACAAUGGUCCAGCGAUGCAGAAUGGCUCAAUUCAGACGUAUGGCCCGCCGAUGCAGAAUGGUCCAUUGCCUCAGAGCAGUGCUGCAGUGCAAAAUGGUCCAAUGCCAAUGCCGCAGAACACCCCGCCAACACACGGCUAUCAGACGCACGCAGGCUUGGUGCCGCCGUUUGUCGCAUCGAUGCAGAGUGGCCCAGUGCCUGCGACCAGUAAGAAGAUCCCUCUCAUGCGCAAUGAUCAUAUGCCGCCGUACGCCACACCGAUGAAAAAUAGCGCAGUGCCUCUGAAUAGCUAUCUAAUGCCGAAUGGCCCGAUGCCUCUGAAUAUCUAUCCAAUGCUGAAUAGCCCGAUGCCUCCGUACAUUUUACCAAUUCAGAAUGGUCCAGUGCCACAGUAUGGCCAUCCUAUUCAAAAUGGCCAAGUGCCGGCAUACCCUCCAAUGCCUAAUGCUCCAAUGCCACCAUACGGUCAUCCGAUGCAGAAUGGCGCAAUGCCUGGUAAUAACGCGCCGAUGCAAAAUGGCCACAUGCCUGCGUACGGCGCUCCGGUUGGGGAUCGCAUUAUGCCGGUAUACGACCCACCGAUGCAGAAUCCUCUAAGGACCUCGAAUGGCGGGAAUUUUGUCAAUGUUGCCAAUGCAUAUAUUUCUAUUGCUGGAAGUGGUUUCCCAGACCAUGUUUUCAAUGUACAGGCUCCCAACGGACAAUCUCUCAAUGUACAAGCUCCCAACGGACAAGCUCCCGAUGUACAAGCUCCCGAUGCACAAGCUCCCGAUGUACAAGCUCCCGAUGCACAAGCUCCCGAUACACAAGCUCCCGAUGCACAAGCUCCUAAUGUACAAGCUCCCAAUGAAACAGCACCCCCAAGGAUGCCAGCCCCAAGUGGACAGGUGCUCAAUGUAUCUGUUUUCAGUAUGCAAGCCUCUAAUGGAGAUGAUAACAACGGCGGACUUGGUAUUGGCCCUAGGAGACAAACCUAGGGGUUUAAGACAAAACACUAGAGCGAAGGGUGUAUUCCCCGCCAUUAUUGGAAAUGACUUGCAACAGAAGAAUUUUGCUCGAUGAUACUAUCGCUGCUAGAGGAAUCUGGUGCGAACCUGGUGGUGGGUGUAUGGUACGACAACCGCAAGUUUAUUGAUUUGGGAGUUUUUUGGUUCUCGGGAUUGCAAGGAAGGGUUUUUUUGGUUAUGGGU